AUGACUGUCCACAACAACCCAGAAGCCAACGAUUUGCCUAUCUUGCAGUGCUCCGCCGAGUUUUUGAGUAUGAGUAGACCUGUAUGCGAAGGCGCAGGGCUGCUGCAGUGGGUCGUCAAUCGCGACUCGUUUGCGGAGUGGGCAUCGACAGCCUACAACAAUAUUAUGGAUGAUCAUGAGUUUGGCGAGUGUGAGCAUGAUGAACAGCCUGGCAAGGCGGCAUUCAAUGUCCGUCUUAUGCUGCCUCACAUGGGCAUGGGAGUCCGCGAAAUAUCUGCGACCGCAGUGUUGAAAUUGGAUGUCGUAGAAGACGGGGUCAGCGACGUGACCCCCUCUUCACGAAUCCCGCUGGUGCUGGAGGACGCUGUCUACGUCCGCAGGGAGGAGCUCGCGCACAUGGGGGAGUGCCGCGAGACUUGGGACCAGUGCGGGACCUUCGAGCCCAGCGCUGGCUUCCCCGAAACGGAGGAGUCGCAACGCCUAGGCCUGCAGUACCUCAGCCGCGCCGAGAAGGGUGGCUCGGACAUUCGCCUGGAUUGCGGCCUGCCCUACCGUGCGAGAGGCUGUCCGCGGUCGAGCCUGGACCCCUCCGCGCGGCGAUGGCGGGCGGUCCUGAGCAUGGCAUGGCCGCGCGAGAGGCGCGCGCACAUCAACGCGCGCGAGCUGCAGGCGGCGCUGGCGGCCCUGCGCUGGAGGGCGCGCGCGUGCGCGCUGCAUGGCUCGCGCUGGCUCCACCUCGUCGACAGCCAGGUGGUUGCGGCCAUCGUGGCGAAGUGCCGCAGCAGCAGCCGCCGCUUGCAGCCCGCUCUCAAGGGUUGGAUGGCCAUGGCGAUCGCGGCGGACACGUACCCCCUCAUCGGCUACGUCGUCUCGGAGGACAACCCCGCGGACGAGCCGUCGAGGAAGCUGUGGCGUGGGUCGCGGCUCAGGGGGCGCGACGCAGGGCCAGCCGUCGCGCGCCCAGACAGGAGGCAUGCCGCUGCGAUCCGAGAGCUCCUGGGGCACUACGGGGUGAGCCCCCAGGACACCGGCGUGCUCGGCGACGACGGCGAGGACGCCGACAGCCCCGCCGCCAAUUAUCUCAAGGCGAAGUGGAGAGAGGGAGCUGGCAUCGCACUCGCCAACAGCACGGUCGUGGCCGUGGUCUUUGCCGUGCCCAAGCUGCGGCGGCGCUUGGACUUGUCCUGGGCGCUGCUGAAAGCAUUGCGCCGCGCAGAGCCCGCGAGGCGAGCGCUGCCUUUCGCUCCUGAGAUUGUCGGGGCCAUGGCUGGCCCGGCAGCAGAGGCAGCCGCGUUCGACGUAGGAUGCUUGCUUCUCAUCAGUUUUGAGGGCCUAUUGCGUGGAGGCGAGGGCUUCGCCCUGCGCGGAGAAGACGUGCUGGACGGACGCGAAGUCAUUGUCCUGCGGAUCUGCACGUCCAAGACGACGGCGGGCAAGGAUAGUGCCCAGGCUGUCGUCAUCCGCUCGCGCGUAACAAAGGAGAUGCUGCGGCUGGUAGUGGAGCAUCGGCGUCAAACAGAGCCCCUGUCGUGGAGGUCGCCAGCGCAGCUGGAGAGCGCGCGGGCGGCCCUGGCACGCGGGCUGCGCCUUCCAGGCCGCUGGGCGCCGUUCGUGACCGCGCGCACCUACAUAGAUGGCGCGGUGGCCGACCUGGCGAAGGUGCGGCCCCAGGACCAGGCCGCCUCAGCCGUGCAGUACGGCCUUGCGUUGUGCACAGUCGAGCAGGUUCUGCAGAACAGGCACGCGCAGCCUCCAGCGAGCACUCUGGGGCGCAAGCGCCCCGAGCACUUCACCAUCCGGCUGCACAAGGGCGCCAGCGACGCGCUCGGCGCGAGCCUCGGGAGCGUACCAACGGGCGCUGUGGUGUACUGCGUCGAGGAGGGCCACGUCCUCGACAGAUGGAACAAGGAGAACCCCGACGCGGCCGUGCGGCCCGGGUUCGUCAUCGAGCAGGUGAACGGGGUGGGCGGUUAUUGGCCCUUGUUGGAGGAGUUGCGCCGCUCGGGGCCCCUCGAGGUGAGGGUCUCCACGGUGCCCCCGCAAGCGGCGGGCCCCAACUGGUUCGAGGACAUUGCGACCAUGGGGAAGACCUUCGAGCUGGCCAGCGACAAGAGUCCAUUCAUGGUCCGGCUGCCAUCGGUGGCCUCGCAGGACGAGAAGGUGUUCACGUCUUUCCCCAGCGUGGUCGCAUGCGCGGCUGGGAUCGACCAGUGCGCCAUCUGCCUUGAGGGCGUCGGCCCCGACGAGGUUUUGACAGAGCUUCCUUGCAAGCACGCCUUCCAUCCGCUCUGCGCGGCGCGCUGGCUCGCACGGAGUGACUCGCGGUGCGCCUCGAAGAGCCACAGCUGUCCGCUCUGCUGCCGCAAGAUGGUCAACACGCGCGAUGGCGUCGUGGCCGUCGACGCGGAGACGUCUUAA